UCAUACUGAUAGUUAAUUAUCUUUCAUACAAAUGAAAUAAUUAGCAGUUAAACGAAUGUUUCACAAGUGUUCAUAAUUGCAAUUUGCCAACACGACAAUUAGCAUUACUUAAUAAACACUUGCUCAAUCUUUAGCAAUGAACACUCGGAUCGGUGUGGAACCUGAGACAGAUUUGGAUGGACAUGGAAUGACGGGUAAUGUUGGUUUACCUACUUACGAAGCUGAACAAACCUGGAAUUAUGAUCAAUUUAUCACAGCUCCUAACACCAAGACUAACACGCCUGGACCAGACGAUAAGAAAAACAUGGGUCUAAGCAAGAAAACUGUAAAGGACGAAGAUGCAACUAUUCGAGGGGGUUGCUGCGGAAAGAACUUCGACGUAUUCAGUGGCGAAACAUCUUUUCAUGGACUUAAACACAUCAGUGGUGAAAACAACAACAGUCGAAGAAUAGCUUGGAUAAUUAUACUCGUCUUGGCAUUUUGCUGCCUUAGUUACCAAAUAAAUCUGUCAGUGUUAAAAUUCUUUGAGUAUCCGACAAAUACCAAACUAAAUUAUGUCACUAAACGUGAAAUAUCAUUUCCUAAAGUCACAGUGUGUAACAUCAAUAUGUUCAGAAUUGACCAAGUGACAGCAGAAAUUGGCGGAUUUACUAAAUUCUAUGAAGGCGGUCUAAAUUAUCUUCGAAGCUUGGCGCCUGAAAUCGGUAUUAUAUCUUCGAAUCGUACAGGUAAUGGAAAUGGUGGAUGCGUUAAGUUGACGAACACAACGUAUCUUGGUGGUACAAAUCUGCAAGAAUUCAUAAGUCACAGCGGUCAUAAGAUAAAAGACAUGCUUGAAGUGUGCAUUUUCAAUGGCAUCGAAUGCGGUCCGGAAAAUUUUACACUUACUUACACCAACUAUGGAGCAUGUUAUAUCUUUACUCCAACCACAAAAUCGUCAUUGAACAAUGCAGGACAAAAGCAUGGGCUUAGCCUGAUUCUUAACGUUGAGCAUUUGCAGUAUGUAACAGCUCCUAGGGAAAACCUUGGUUUCCGAAUCGCAAUUGAUUCUCAGCACGAUGCACCUGAUUUAGAGGCAUCGGGCGUGGAUGUCGGGACAGGAAUGAGGGCUUCAAUUGGACUUCGGAAACACACUGUACGUCUAUUUUUUCCACAUAAAACGCAAUAA